AGCCCCGAGCCCGCCCCGCGCCUCCUGGAGCCCUCCCCCCGCUGCUCCCAUGCGCGCGGGUGGGUCAUGAGCACAGCGCCCUCGCUUUCUGCCCUAAGAAGCAGUAAGCAAAGCGGCGGCGGCGGCGGCGGCGGCGGUGCGGACCCUGCCUGGACCAGCGCGCUCUCUGGAAAUAGCUGCGGCCCCGGCCCAGGCUCGUCCCCGGCCGGCAGCACCAAGCCUUUUGUGCACGCCGUGCCCCCUUCUGACCCUCUCCGCCAGGCUAACCGACUGCCCAUCAAGGUGCUGAAGAUGCUGACCGCACGGACUGGCCACAUUUUGCACCCCGAGUACCUGCAGCCCCUGCCUUCCACUCCCGUCAGCCCCAUCGAGCUCGAUGCUAAGAAGAGCCCGCUGGCCCUGUUGGCGCAAACCUGCUCGCAGAUCGGGAAGCCCGACCCCUCGCCCUCCUCCAAACUCUCCUCGGUCGCCUCCAAUGGGGGCGGCGCGGGCGGUGCCGGCGGCGCCGGGAGCGACAAGGACGGAAAGUCGGGGCCCCUCAAGCUGAGUGACAUCGGCGUGGAGGACAAAUCGAGUUUCAAGCCGUACUCCAAACCCGGCUCGGAUAAGAAGGAGCCGGGAGGCGGCGGCGGCGGAGGCGGCGGCGGCGGGGGUGGCGGCGGUGGGGGGGUUUCGGCGGAGAAGUCCGGAUUCCGAGUACCGAGCGCCACCUGCCAGCCAUUCACGCCCAGGACAGGCAGCCCAAGCUCCAGCGCCUCGGCCUGCUCGCCGGGAGGCAUGUUGCCUUCGGCCGGGGGCGGCCCGGAGGGCAAGGACGACAAGAAGGACCCCGACGCAGGUGGCGGCGGUGGAGGCGGCAAGGGCGCUGGGGGUGCCUCGGCCGAAGGGGCGCCCACCGGGCUGGCACACGGCCGGAUUAGCUGCGGCGGCGGGAUUAACGUGGACGUGAACCAGCACCCAGACGGGGGCCCCGGGGGCAAGGCUCUAGGCUCGGACUGUGGCGGUUCGUCGGGCUCCAGCUCCGGCACGGGCCCCAGCGCGCCCACCUCCUCCUCGGUGCUGGGCUCUGGGCUGGUGGCUCCAGUGUCGCCCUACAAGCCGGGCCAGACAGUGUUCCCGCUGCCUCCCGCGGGCAUGACCUACCCGGGCAGCCUGGCGGGGGCCUACGCCGGCUACCCGCCCCAGUUCCUGCCACACGGCGUGGCCCUCGACCCCACCAAGCCCGGCAGCCUGGUGGGGGCGCAGCUGGCGGCGGCCGCGGCGGGCUCUCUGGGCUGCAGUAAGCCGGCCGGCUCGAGCCCCCUGGCCGGGGCGUCGCCGCCUUCCGUGAUGACAGCCAGUUUGUGCCGGGACCCGUACUGCCUCAGUUACCACUGCGCCAGCCACCUGGCGGGGGCGGCGGCGGCCAGCGCUUCGUGCGCCCACGACCCGGCCGCUGCCGCCGCGGCGCUCAAGUCCGGAUACCCGCUGGUGUACCCCACGCACCCGCUGCACGGCGUGCACUCGUCGCUAACGGCCGCGGCCGCUGCCGGGGCCACGCCGCCCUCCCUGGCCGGCCACCCCCUCUAUCCUUACGGCUUCAUGCUCCCUAACGAUCCACUCCCCCACAUCUGCAACUGGGUGUCGGCGAACGGGCCGUGCGACAAGCGCUUCGCCACGUCCGAAGAGCUGCUGAGCCACUUGCGGACCCACACGGCCUUCCCCGGGACAGACAAACUGCUGUCGGGCUACCCCAGCUCGUCCUCCCUGGCCAGCGCCGCAGCGGCGGCCAUGGCUUGCCACAUGCACAUCCCCACGUCGGGCGCUCCGGGAAGCCCGGGGACGCUGGCGCUGCGCAGCCCCCACCACGCGCUGGGACUCAGCAGCCGCUACCACCCCUACUCCAAGAGCCCGCUCCCCACCCCCGGUGCUCCCGUGCCGGUGCCCGCGGCCACCGGACCCUACUACUCCCCCUACGCCCUCUACGGACAGAGACUGACCACGGCCUCGGCGCUGGGCUAUCAGUGAGGGAAGUCGCCAGGGCGAGCUCGGGAGAGAAAGGAGCUGGGGGGAGGGGAGGAGCCCCGGGAGGGGCGGGAACCGGGGAGAAGCUACUGUCACCCUUGCGUGGGGAUGACCCGGGCCAGGAGAGGAGAAACUAGCUACACCGUAUCUGUCUACCCGAAACAGCGACCGAGACCCGGUGGGAAACUCCCCUCCCUACCUCCCCUUCCCACCCAAACUUUAUAAAAGUUGGAAAAAAAAUAUCAUUUGACUUUUUAUAGAAAAAGAAGGAAAAAAAAUAAUUGAGAAAGUGUUCAUCUGAGGACUGCAUCGGUGGACACUGGUAUUUAUUUAUGUUAGCUCCAAGCGGACCCAUGGUUCUAAAGUGCAUUAUUUAGUUCGAGCUCCGUAGAUAAAAAGGAAGAGGGGGGAAAUUAAAAAGGAAGCGGGGGGAUUUAAAAAAGAAAAACGAACCCUCCCGACCCUUGUAGAUUAUAAAUAAAUACAAAACCACCACAGAACUAGAGGUCUUCUCUUUAAUGUUACUUUAAAAUUGCUAUGAUUGUAUUGUACGUUCUUAUUUAAUGUCUGAUUGAAACACAACUUACAUGCAUGUUUGUUACAAAAAUGAAAAACAAAAACAAAACAAGUCACAAUUUGUCAGCUCUGAUUUCAAAUUGCAAUUAUUUUUAAGGUGUAUACCAUUGGAAGAGAAUGGGUAUUUUUUUGUAUGUAUUCUGGAAGAAAACAAAAAAAAAAAAGGAAAAACAAUUCUAUUCCAAAACCUCAUUUGCCUUAUUUUGUUCUUUAAAAGGAACACUUAACUAUUUUUAAUUUUUAAGUACACCCGCUGAAAAGGGGACAAGUAAGGUUUACGUCAUGUACUAAAAUAAUAGACAAUGUAUCGCUUUAAAGAUUAAAAUUCCGUAUAUUUGAUGUAUUAAAAGGUUUUACUUCUU